GAAAAGGGUGCGCGCGCGCUGUCAGUUUCCCCUGCGGGUGCGCGCCUCAGCGGUCCUCCUCCUCGUGCGUCCUCGCGCUGCCCCGGUUGCUUAAAGCUCUCUCCGGGAUGUCAUUCCUCACUCCGCCUGAGGACGGCACACAGUGAGGAGCUGCCGUGUCUCUUACCCCUCUCCCGUCGCCAUCCCCAUUGUCCGUGUCGUUUAGUUUGUUUGUCCACGGUUAGUCCCGGUCAUGUAUCGUUAUUUCGGGGAGCUGCUGAGCCGCUCGGCCGGUAGCGCGCUGGCCUCCGGCUGUGUGGAGUCUGCGCUCCCGGUGUCCUCGUCUCUGAUGCGGGUUCGCCACUAUGCCGACGCCGCGGAGCAGCCUGACGACCCCAACUUCUUCCGCAUGGUGGAGGGCUUCUUCGACCGCGGCGCCGCCAUCGUGGAGGACAAACUGGUGGAGGAUCUGAAGACCAGAGAAAGUCCCGAACAGAAGAGACACCGCGUGAGGGGAAUCCUCCGCAUCAUCAAGCCCUGCAACCACGUCCUCAGCGUGUCUUUCCCCAUCAAGAGGGACAACGGGGAGUGGGAAGUGGUGGAGGGCUACCGCGCCCAGCACAGCCAGCACAGGACGCCCUGCAAAGGAGGUAUCCGGUACAGCACAGAUGUGUCUGUGGAUGAGGUGAAGGCUCUGGCCUCUCUGAUGACCUACAAGUGUGCUGUGGUUGAUGUGCCGUUCGGAGGAGCCAAAGCCGGAGUCAAGAUCAACCCUAGGAAUUACUCUGAUAAUGAACUGGAGAAGAUCACCAGGAGGUUCACCAUUGAAUUGGCCAAGAAAGGUUUCAUUGGGCCUGGUAUCGACGUCCCUGCCCCUGACAUGAGCACUGGAGAGAGGGAGAUGUCCUGGAUCGCAGACACUUACGCCAACACCAUCGCACACACUGACAUAAACGCCCACGCCUGUGUGACCGGGAAGCCCAUCAGCCAGGGGGGCAUCCACGGGAGGAUCUCUGCCACUGGACGAGGAGUUUUCCACGGCAUUGAGAACUUCAUUCACGAGGCGUCCUACAUGAGCAUGCUCGGACUCACCCCAGGCUUCCAGGACAAGACUUUCGUGGUCCAGGGCUUUGGUAACGUGGGUCUUCACUCCAUGAGGUACCUGCACAGAUUCGGGGCCAAGUGUGUGGGAGUGGGCGAGAUCGACGGAAACAUCUACAACCCUGAAGGCAUCGACCCCAAGCAGCUGGAGGACUACAAACUGCAAAAUGGCACCAUCGUGGGUUUCCCGGGGGCGAAGCCAUACGAGGGCAGUAUCCUGGAGGCCGACUGUCACAUCCUGAUCCCUGCGGCCGGAGAGAAGCAGCUCACCAGGAACAACGCUCCCAGGAUCAAGGCCAAGAUCAUUGCUGAAGGUGCCAAUGGACCCACAACUCCUGAUGCUGACAAGGUCUUCCUGCAGAACAACGUCAUGGUUAUUCCUGACAUGUAUCUGAAUGCUGGUGGUGUGACUGUGUCUUAUUUCGAGUGGUUGAAGAAUCUGAACCAUGUCAGUUAUGGCCGACUCACCUUCAAAUACGAGAGAGACUCCAACUACCACCUGCUUAUGUCGGUGCAGGAGAGUUUAGAGCGGAAGUUUGGGAAACAAGGAGGACCCAUCCCCAUCGUGCCCACCGCUGACUUCCAGGCUCGAGUCGCUGGUGCUUCAGAGAAGGACAUUGUUCAUUCAGGUUUGGCCUACACCAUGGAGCGAUCUGCCCGGCAAAUCAUGCGCACAGCCAGUAAGUACAACCUGGGCCUGGACCUGAGGACGGCUGCCUAUGUCAACGCCAUCGAGAAGGUCUUUAAAGUGUACAACGAGGCUGGACUCACCUUCACAUAGACCUGAUCCGUCAGAUCGUUUACGCCACAUCGUUCUGCUCAUAUCCUGUUUAUGUUUAGUCCCGGGCUGCGUCCUCGUUCAUAGUUUAUUUAGUCCUGUUCCCUGUGCGCAUGCAUCCACUGUUCUACAGAUGCCUUAUAUCAGGGCUGCUCUGAGAGAGACACAGCCACUUUAACUGCAUUUCAUUAAAGGGAUUUAUUAGAUUAAUUAAAAAACAAAUUGUAAUGAUUAAAAUAAUUGUUGUAGUUGUUCGUAGCUUCAGAUUUGAAUCAGUUCAAACUUGAGCUGGUUCUGCAACAGCUUUUUCUUUGUAACCGUCCAGUUCCUUCACAAAGUUGUUUCUCAAUAAAUUACUGUAUUUUUAUUUUCAUUGUUUUUCAAAACCAAUAAAAUAUUAAUAAUGUGAA